CCUUUCUUCAACAGGGGCUCGGUACAUCUCUCUCUCUCUCCCUCCUUUGAUCAGUGGGUGAGAGGGGGGAGACGAGCAACACACAACGGAGAGUCCAGCGUGCGCCUCCGUCAUCAUCUUGUUGGCUCAUCCUUUCAUCACACCACCGGUCCUGGAUCCUCCAGCCCAGGUCCUGGAGAAUCCUGAGUCUGCAGCAGCGCACCAUCUGCUUUAUUUCCAGUCUAUAUCUGAAUGACGGGCGGAAGGUUUGACUUCGACGAUGGUGGCACAUACUGCGGGGGGUGGGAGGAUGGCAAAGCCCACGGACAUGGGAUCUGCACCGGACCCAAGGGCCAAGGCGAGUACGCCGGGUCCUGGUCGCACGGCUUUGAGAUAGUUGGCGUGUACACCUGGCCCAGCGGGAAUACCUACAAGGGUUACUGGUCCCAGGGGAAGCGUCAUGGGCUGGGUGUGGAAAAUAAAGGAAAGUGGAUCUAUCGAGGAGAGUGGAGUCAUGGUUUUAAGGGUCGGUACGGCGUCCGGCAAAGCCACAACACACCUGCUAGAUACGACGGGACCUGGAGCAACGGUCUACAGGAUGGAUAUGGGAUCGAAACCUAUGGAGAUGGCGGAACUUAUCAAGGCCAAUGGAUGGGUGGUAUGCGACACGGCUAUGGUGUGCGUCAGAGUGUUCCCUAUGGCAUGGCCACUGUCAUCCGUUCUCCACUCCGUACGUCUAUGGCCUCCCUGCGCUCUGAGCAGAGCAAUGGUGCAGUGCUCCAGGACCUCUCCUCCCCGGCAGACACUCCAACGGGCAGCCGUGGUGGCUUCGUCCUCAACUUCCACUCGGACAGCGAAGUUGUCACCGGCAAGAAGAAGGGCCUGUUCCGCCGCGGCUCGCUCUUUGGCAGCCUGCGACAGUUGCGCAAGUCUGACUCUCGGACCUCAAUCUCCAGCAAGCGCAGCUCUGCAAGAAGUGACGCCACCAUGAGCCGCAUCAGUUCAAGCGAUGCCAACUCUACCAUAUCCAUCGGUGAUGGCGAGCUGCCAGAUGAGGACCUACCUCAGGAGGACCAUGUGGACGCCACCACAACUGAGACGUACAUGGGCGAGUGGAAGAAUGACAAGCGCAAUGGAUUUGGUGUAUCAGAGAGAUCCAACGGGAUGAAAUAUGAAGGAGAAUGGCUUAACAAUAAGCGCCAUGGUUACGGGUGCACGGUUUUCCCAGACAGCACCAAAGAAGAAGGGAAGUACAAAAAUAAUGUGCUGGUGCGUGGAAUAAGAAAGCAGUUGAUUCCUCUUAAGAACCCCAAAACCAAAGAGAAGGUAGAUCGGGCUGUGGAGGGGGCACAGAGGGCUGCAGCCAUCGCGAGGAGUAAAGUGGAAAUAGCAGCAUCCAGAACAGCCCAUGCUAGGACAAAAAGUGAGGCUGCAGACCAGGCCGCGAUCUCUGCGGUGCAUGAAUCUGAAAUUGCCAGGGCGGUUGCCCGGGAGCUCUCACCCAACUUCUACCAGCCAGGUCCCGACUACGUAAAACAGCAGUUAAAGGAGCCAGUGGAGAUUAAAGAGGUCCCUGUUGAAAAGAAGGACAGCUCUCCGAGAGAUUCUCCCCACUUUUACCGAAAAGGCACAACGCCUCCCCACUCUCCUGCGACCAGCCCUGCAGCCACACCGCCCCCCUCACCUCACUCCAGCAAGAAGAAAGGACAGCUCACCAACAACAGCACCAGCCGCAAAACCAGCAAAGAAGAAAAACCUUCCCGCAAGAUUAGCAAAGAAGAGAAACUAAGUCAGAAGACCAGCAAGGAUGAGCGGUCUAGUAGGAAGCUGAGUAAAGAAGAACGGCAGCCCGUCACCGAUGGGCCCAAAGCUUCUCAGGCCCAAAUCGAGGCUCCACCUAAACCCACUAAAGUUCAGCAACCCACCCCAGCAUCUAUGCCCCCUUCACAGCCUCCUGCAAUUCCAGUCAAUGGCCAGCUCCACACUGAAUAUCACAGUUACUACGUCAAGGCCCCUACAAGGGUCCCUCCACCCCCAGAACCUGAGGAUCCAGAAGAAGAGCCUAGUGCCCUGGCUUUGGCACGUAUGCCCCCACAACCCCCUAGAUCUUUUAGUACACCCACUCCUAAGCCACCAUCUAUACGGGAGAGCAAGAGCGACCAGAAACUCAGGAAGCAGGAUUCCCUAAAGCCAAAGAGCCUCGCAGACACAAAGAAAGCAAGCAUGGAAAUUGCAGAAAACACGGAAGAAACAGGUCCUAACUCAAUCCUUGUUGCUAUGGUAAUGCUGUUGAAUAUUGGCCUCGCAAUUAUAUUUGUCCAUUUUCUGACAUGAUGAUGCUGUGUCUCAGCGGAACCAUGGCAACUGGUACAGUUGCAUCGUCGGCCUUGAAACAUGAAAAUGCCGCCAGUGAAACACGGGGAUGGCCAAAGGAAUCAGCAUGAAACCGAAGAGAAUCGAGAGGAAGGCAAUGAUAACACCAACCUGACACUGGCCUUGUUUAGGGCCAGCCCCGUGAAUUAGCACUCCUUUGGCUUCUCUAAAAGCUAAGGUGAAAUGUUGUGUCUAGUGCGAUAAAGAAAAUGUUUAAAAAUUGCAACCAAACAUACGCAAUCUAAAAAAAAAAUAAAUACAUAAAAUGAAAAAAAAAAGAAGACGACGUAAUUGAAACCCACACAUGUGCUGAUCCAAGCACAGGUCUCUGUAGCCCACUUCCACUGCCUUGGCAGCGAUAGCAGUGGGCUGACGGACUGUGCUGGAAGAGUGUGGAGAUGCACUUUUAGAUGACGGGAGCAAACAGCUGCCUUUCUAUUUUGCCAUCUGACGUUUUGAUGGGGAGAUGUGAGCCCGGCUCGAGGGUUGGGGGAAGGGGUUGAAGAGGGGGGACGGUCGCAGCAGGAGUGCGCUUUGGGUGUUUGGAGAGUUUUCUGGGGUUCUAGCCACUCUUGCAAGAGGAAAGUGGGCAUGGCCGCUGCCAGCAGUCAGUGCUAGCACGGUCACUAGCCAGUCUUACUCUGUUAACCCAAACAUCACUGCACCUUUCUCAAGCUCCGUCCUUUGUGAUCCAGGAUACACUGCUUUGAAACACUCCCCGUGCAUGGUACAGUUUUGAACACUUUGUUUUUCUUUCUUUUUUGUUCUAAUGUAGUUUUUUGUUCAUAGAUGUUCUAUCAAUGUUGGUUACCUGCCGUCAUUUGCUUGUAGAAAUCUGUUCUCUUCUCGGAACUAAUAAAUACAUU